UUUUUACAACUAUCGAUAAAGUGAACAUGUUGGUUGAUAAACAAGAAGGUGUAAAUAGGGUUCCGUCGUUAUACUGCCGGAAACAAGCUCCAGACCUUCCAACCUGGAUCAUGUAUGAUAAGCAUAUACUACGAUUCCAUGCUUUCUUCCAACAAACAUUACAUGAAAACCGUUCAGGCUCUCAUAUACUACGGAAGGUGAACAUCUUAUUUUAUCUUGAGGAUGGUACGAUUAAGGUGAUGGAGCCGAAGACGGACAAUAGUGGACUGACCCAAGGAACAUUGAUCAGUCGUCAAAGAAUACGUCUUCCGUUCAGUAAUGAUUUAUAUUACGAUGUACUGGAUCUGAAUAUUGGAUUGGAAGUUUCAUUCUUUGGGAAAGUUUUUAAGAUCGUAAAUUGUGACAACUUUACUCGGGUAUUCCUGAACCGUCUUGGCAUCAACGUACCGGACCCCAUACCUUAUCCGGAUUCUGUAGAACGAUCGCGUGAUACCCGGAAACCGGUGAAGCACAGGCCCUUCAAACAAUUUCUUGAUUUUGAUCGACAAGUUUUGAGGUUCUACGGUUACUGGGACGACCGUGAUUCAGAAUUCGGAACAUUGCAUAAUUUGGAGAUACAUUAUUUUCUAGCUGACGAUACUAUUGAGAUCAAAGAAACGGUAGCACCAAAUUCCGGCACGGAGACCAGUCCAAUGUUUUUAAAAAGAAUGCGCUUGCCUCGCAAAAUACCGCCCAAAAUAGAAAUGACCGGCGGUCCGCCAGUGCCAUCGUAUUGUCCAGCUGAUUUAAGUAUUGGAGCUGUUCUGAACGUAUUUGGGCGCAAUGUCGUUCUUACUGACUGUGAUCCAUUUACAAAGGAAUAUUAUCGUGUCACAUAUGGAUUCGAUACAUUUACUAAACUACCGAUUCCUCAAGACCAAAGCAAAGAAUGCAUAAGUUCUAGCAUGGCUGAACGUGAAUUACCUCCUUGGAACGGCUACGGUAGCUAUGACGAUUCAGCAGAAAACUGUCGCACAGUCGAACCUAAAGCACAACAUAGGGACUUCAUUAAAUUCCUCAAUAAAGAUAGAGUUGGUUUCGAUUCGCACGUCCUACGAUUUGCUGCUCGUUUGAUUACCGAUAACCCUGACGAUAUCCGACGCUAUUUUAUCAUCAAAUAUUUUCUAUGUGAUGACACUAUUGGCGUUUUUGAAUUAGGCGAGCGCAAUUCGGGUUUCUUGGGUGGAAAAUUUUUCCGGCGUGACAAAAUGUAUUUGCCGGACGUGAAUUUCUUUGUGCCUAAAGAACCGCCAGCGUACACGGAUAAAGACAUGUGGGUUGGCAACGAGUUGGUUGUUAACAAGCACCGAUUCCGACUUAUUGCCGCUGAUGAAUAUGCUCUGCGAUACAUGGAGUUGCAUUCUGAACAGUACCCGAUGGCAAAUAUAGCGUUGAUAAUGGACAAGAUUCGUCGCACGCUGGCUUCUCAAGAAAAUGGAUACAAGAACUUUGUAGCAAAAUAUAUGGAAGCUGUGGAACCGGAUAAAAAAGAUCUCAUGUCUGUUAGAUGUUUUAAACAAGCACUGAAAGAAGUAAUGUGUGAAAAGAUGACAGAGCACGAGUUUGUGACUCUGAUCAGAUUCUUCCGUGGGGACCCUGGCAAGGAUAAACUUCCACGCAGGGAAAUGGUCAGGUCACUAGUUUUCACGGAGCUGACACGGGGUUUGUGGGAUGAUCGGGAUCGUCUCCGCGAAGGUCUAAUGCACGCUGAUGCGACUGGUUCGGGCGCACUGUCCCCAGAUCGAAUGCGACAACUUCUACGCGCCCACAGACUGCCGAUCAACACAGAUCUCAUGGAUUGCAUGUUGUCAGUUUUGUUAAAAGAUGAAAAUUGCAAUAUCCAUUACGAAGACUUGAUGGAAUUCUUGGAUUUCAAGACUCGACCAGUGUUUAAUCUUUCUGAUGCGGAUUACGAGAAGGUUGUACGUCAUGCACCACCCUUGAAGGAUACUGAGUGUAAAAUGUGGAGUGAAGCGGAGGUGGAAAUUAAAAGCGGGUUCGUCAACUGGAAUGCCUUCCUUUGUCAGUUAAACCUCGAGCACCUCGUUAAAGAACAGUCUUAAGAAAUAAUAAAAAGUACGAAAAAUCAAGAUAAAAUUAAACUAAUCACGCAUUAUUUAACUUCUUAUAAGAAAGAUAGGAUAACAAAGUUUUAAAAUCCGUAAAAAAUAUAAAUUUACCGUAAUUCAGGAGCGAAGAG